AACCUAGCCAUCACUUGUUGCCUGCAACCACAUUCUACGCCCGAGACGAUCUCUAUGGACGAGCAAGUAAGGCAGCGGCAAUGUCAGCGGCAAUACGAGGCGUGGUGUUGGGAUCCUGGGCCGUACUCUGUGUUCAUCUGCCGUUGGGACCAACUUCCUCCUGAACUGCACGACUACAUAUAUGACAUCCUGGAUAUUAUCGCCGACAAACAUGCAGCAUCAGUGCUCUCUUUGAUCUCAAGAGUCUGGUCCCGACAUUUUCGCCCUCGUCUCUUCGCCAGGCUGAGCUUGUGGGACGAGGAAGACUUCCGUAUGCUCUAUGGUAUACUGCGAUCGCCCCUGUCAGCCUGGCUUGCCGAACACGUCGCUACGUUGUCCUUCCGCAUGAAUGAUUUUCCUUCCCGUCCAGUCUGGACGGCACUCCUUCGCCUCUUGCCGGCGUGCCGCUGCGUCCUGCAUACCCCCGACCACCCAUCUGGACUUGUGUCACAUAGCGCGAGUCUGAAGAGCUCGCUGCGGAGUAUAACCUCGCUAGACCUGCGCCACUGCCACUUCCCAUCGUUCCGAACCUUGCUCCGUGUCCUGGCAGACAUCACCUACCUCGAGACCGUUCGUCUGUACGACGUCACAUGGUCCGGCGAUGCCCCAAUGGCAGCCGAGGCAGCGAGCAACAUCUGCUCUGGAUCAUUCAAUCACGCUCGCGAGGUCCAGCAGGUGAACUGCACGAGCAACCUGGCGGUGGCUGCUUGGAUUCUGGCCGCCGCGAGCACACGAUACUCGUUCGCCCGACGUCGGACUGCAGGGCCCGUGGUUCCUGCAGAGACAUGGGUUGUCAUUAAACUCAUUCAGAUGUUUUUGCCAAGUGAAGACACGAUCAGAUAUGCACGUUUCGAUGUUAUUGAAGCGACUCAAGACACCUACAAAUUUGCUGGUUCCCUAUCGAUCAAGAGAUGGAAUGUUGCGAAUAUUUUGUGCCAAGUUGUUAAGUCUGCACCUUUCGACGGCAGCGACGGGACUUGGUCUGUCCAUCGAAUCGCUCUCGCCGACGGAAUAGACAGCGGCAGAUCACGUCCGUACCUUCAGUCCCGCGAUUUGUCCAUAGUUAGUUCUUUUCUGCCUACACAUCCACAACUUGAGCUCCAAAUCCUUUGCGGAGGAGGAUUUUCCGUCGAGGAGUUUCGCACUCUCUCUGAAAAGGUCAUGGAGGCGGUGAACAGCCAUCCGGCCGUCUCGACGAAACACAACUCCAAACUGCCGGACGGGCGGUUCUUGGAGCCAACUCUGUUUGACGUCACCCAGAGAGACUUGGAAGAAGCACGAGAGGCACUUGAAGGUGUGGGCUCUAAUACGGAAUUAUUUGCACCAUGCUGA